AUGAUUGAAGUGAUAAGGCAUACAUCAGAUUUCAAGCAGUUUGCUUCGCCCUUCUAUAUGGAUUCGUCUGCAAUUAUUCCAGAAGCUCUGUAUGCAGCUACCGCUGCUGUUACACAAACGGUCCCGAGUAAUGUGGUUGCUGCAGCAGCAAAUGCUUUAAUGCAGAUCCCGCCGAGAAACGACCAGGAAUUGGAGGAUGCCAAAACAAAAACAAAACGACUACUAAAGAAACCGAAACAUGGAAGUAAGUUGAUAUGA